GGCAGCAUGCAGGCAGUGUGGCACAGAGCAAUCACAAAAUCAGAAUAAUGGCUGCCAAGAUGAGGAAGGUACGCUGAGAAACCUGUCAAGUGCCGAACGGCCAAGGCCAGCCUCCUGGGAUUGCGAUAUGGCAACGAAGAGAUUUAAUAUGAAGAAUAAAGUUAUUUUCUGUGUUUACUAAAGAAAAUAAUUUAAUUGUCCUUGUAGCAUCGAAUUAGUGGAUUAACACUGUCAAUAUGAGUGCAAAGGAUAAAGAAAAGUCAUUCCCAGAAAGGCUGAAGAACUUUUUUAGAAUAAAUAAAGGUGUGACGGGUAACAUUAAAGGGCGGCUCGACUUUGCCCUGACACCUGAAAUUGAAAAAGAUCUUAGUCCUGAUACACCCCUUAACCAUCGUGCAAAGCUUAUAAAAGACCUUAGUGAGGUAGUUUUAAACAAUCGACUUGAAGAUAAUGCCAUUGAAAGACUGUGGAAUUGCUUACAAGAUCUACUGCAGCGAGAUGUUCAGAAGGAAUACCGUCAUCUUGCAUUUUCAUUCUUUCGGUGUUUAGUGCAAGGCCAAUAUGAAAAAUUAGGACUCAUGAGAGUACAUUUUUUCCGUGUGAUUAAAGAACAUGAUCUACCUGAAGAUAUUGGCCCAAGAUUAGAUCUUAUGCAAAGCCUUUCUGACAAUGGAAAAGACAUAUUAUAUUUUGAAGAGGAGAUUGGCCAGUUUCUUUUACAAUGGAUGUCUGAUAUGACUGGAAUUGGAAGAACUCAUGAAUUCCUGUCAAUGCUAGUCAAUGUCAUAAAAUUUAAUGCUGCCUACAUUGAUGAUGAUGUGAUUGCUGGUUUGGUCCUAAAUACAUGUUAUCUCUCCUGCUGCAGUAAUUCUCCUCAAGUUGUGUUGGCUUGUUUGCAAGUCCUUGACACCGUGGUGUGUUAUAGCAACCUACCUUCUGAUUCACUACCAACUUUUGUCAGUGCUCUAUGUCGAACUGUCAAUGCAGAAGAGUUCUGCCCAAGUAGCUGGAAGAUCAUGAGAAAUCUUCUUGGCACCCACAUGGGCCAUUCUGCUCUAUACACUAUGUGUCGAAUUCUUCAGGAACCUUCUUCAUUGCAAGAUAUCCAUUUAUUGAGAGGAGCAGUGUUCUAUAUAAGUAUGGGUCUUUGGGGGACUAAGAGAGUGGCAACAUUGAAGUACACACCAAAUUCUGUUCUUCCAUCUUUCUUACACGCUCUCGAAAGUAAACACACAGUUGUCAUAUAUGAAGUCAUGUUGAGUAUACAAAGAUUGGUGAAUAAAUAUGGUUUGGAAUUGUAUGAUCCUGCUUGGGAUAUUGUAUUGAAUAUCAUAGAAGCCAUUAUAUCACAUAUUGAAACCCCUCCUCACAACAGCUCAGUGACUCUUGUGGCAAGUCAUCUCCACGAUACCUUGUGUACAAUAGAACAAUUAAUUGAAUUGGGGCAAUUUAAUGGUUCAGUGCGUCGUGUUUUUGAAUUAAUAGAACGUUGCUCUCCUGUGAGGCCUGAAAGCUCUGUUCUGCGCUUGGUAAGUUAUGUAGCAGGAUCCAUUGUCCCUACACGUUUGGAUUGGCUUAACAAGUUGAAUUCUCUCUUGGAACGUUAUUACAAGCAAGAGCAGAGAACCAAUAUCAGAGUGAAAGUCUUAGAUGUGCUCUCUAAUGUGAUCCAUGUAAAUAGAUCUGUGUAUGAAGAUGAAUUAAUUGAACGAUUUGUUGUUCCUUACUUGCAACAUGUUGAUGGUGAUUCUGAUAUAAUAGUCAGAAAUGCAGCUGCUCAGCUUUUGGUGGAUUUGUGCUUGGAAUGUGAGAAUAAGAGAUGUCUGGAGCUAAUGGACAUUUUGGAAAAGAUACUGAAUCGUCCAUUUGAUCAGUUUGCCAAUGAUUCUAUGCCUGUAAUGAAUGAGACUGAUGUAAUAGAUGUAAAGACUGUAGUAAUAGGACUGAUUAAAAUUUUCACUAUCAAAUUGUAUCAAUUGCCCUCUUCUCAUGCUAUAAAAGCAUAUCGAUUGCUGGUCAAUCAUCUAGAUGUUCAUUAUUACAAGCCUAUUGUUUUGGAGAACACAAGUAAUAUUAGAUAUAGGAUAUUUGAGUGCUUUCUGCAAUUAAGAGCAGAUUCGCUUUAUCACUUGGGCCUUCCUGAUCAAGAUACCAAGGAGUUGCGGUUUAGCCCUUACAUUGCAGCAGAUCGAAAGCAGGGUGACAAAACUGGAGGGACUGCUUCUCCUCCGCCCAUGAGUCCCGCUCCUACUCCCUAUCCACCUUGCACAGUUACGUACAUGUCUUUAACACAUGCUUGCAAGGCCGUGAUAAGUUGUCUCAAACAAGAAAAAGACUGGAAAGUUCUUCACUUGAUUCUUCAUGAAGUUCCUUAUGUCAUGCAAAAUAAAGCUUUAAUAUUGUCCAAACAUGGAAAUGAUGUUGAUUUACUAGCCAGUGCAUUAAUGGCAAUGGUCAGUGACAAGUCUUUGAGCCUCCCUGACAAUCUUCGCAACACUCCCUUGAAAUUCACUCGCUCUGAAUUUCACGGGUAUGUCUUCCCUGUACUGACGUCUCUGGCAUCAUACCAUGCUCAUUUGGAACCAAGUCUUCAGCAGCGACUUAUAAAGUGCUUGGAGUUUGGCUUAGUGUCACGCUGUGCUCGACAGUGUAUAACAGCACUCACAACUUGUACUUUAGAAAUGCGAGAUGUCAUGUAUAAGUUGUUGCCUGGGACAUUAUUGAAUUUGUCUAAAAUUUCAGCAACAGUGCAUAUUGCAAUACCUAUUUUGGAAUUUUUGUCAACACUUACUAGAUUACCUAAAGUAUUUGCCAGUUUUGUUGGUGAUCAGUAUAUGGCUGUCUUUGCUAUUGCUCUUCCCUACACAAAUCCUUUCAAAUAUAACCACUAUACAGUAUCUCUUGCACAUCAUGUAAUAGCAGUGUGGUUUCUUAAAUGUCGUGCACCAUUUCGCAGAGACUUUGUUAAAUUCAUUACUACUGGCCUGAAAGCCAAUGUGAUAUUACCAUUUGAAGAAGGUCAGUUGAUGAAAUCAGAAUUGAUAAAUGAAGACUCAUCCAAUCGGAAACGAAGUUCAAGUUUAACGGAACAAGGAAGUAGACGCAAUUUGAGAGCACUUGCUGCUUCAAAUCGUGUUGAGGGACAUCAUGUAGAUAUGAAACCACCUAUUGAUGAAGCUUUAAUGAACUUUCAUAUUGAACUGACAGAAACAUGUAUCGACUUAAUGGCUCGAUACACCUUUGCCACUUGUUCUGCUCUUCCAAAAAGGUUUCCAAAUGCAGAUUUUCUAUUAAAUGGUGGGCAGUCAAUGACAUGGUUGGUAGGCAACAGACUCAUAACUGUCACUACAAGUGGAUGUAGCCAGAAAGCUUUGAAGAAUGGAGUUUGUGACAAGUGUUGGAUGCUAUGUCGAACUGAGAAAGAACCUAGCACACCAGAUGGAACAUCAAACCAAGAUGUUCCGGCUGUCCGUGCCAAAUCAGCUGUUCAGCGUAGUAACAGUAAUGAUAUGGCACCAUCAAAGGAAGAAGCAAGUAUUACAUCACGCCUCUCUCGUCAAAUGUCCGUUGAUGUGUCAGGAUCUCGAGCGUCUUCCCAGGCUCAUAGUAGCAGUGCAACUGCAACUAGCUCUCCUGUGGACGAGUCUGGCAAACGAGGAUUUGGUGUUCAAGAUCCUCAUGAACCUGAGCCUUCAAAACUUGAUCAACUACUGUUUGGAAUCAAGGAGCCAGAAAAAAAUGAACGAGAAUAUUGUGCUUGUUGGUGUCAAGGGUGGGCUGAAAUUCACGUGCGCAGACCUACAGGUGAUAUGUCAUGGAUUAUGCGUAUUCAAAAUCCAAAUCAACUUCAUAGUUCCUCUUCAGACUUUCCUCUGGAAGAUAUUACUACUCUCUUCAUGCCAAACGUAAACAGCAAAAAUGAUGAACAGUUCAGAAAUCUGGUGCCGGAACACAAACGAAUAAACAGUGAAAAUCUAGCGGAAAGUGAUUAUGACGCAAUCAUGGACAGGCAUUUUGAAACUGAGGGAGGCAGCUUAGUGCCUCAAUCGCUGGGGCCAUCAGCAACGUCAGGCCCCAUAGAAAUUCCUGGCACACCAGUGAAACACAUUUCAUCAAGACGUGAUUCACAAGAAAACACAGAUAUAGAACUUAGUUAUGAAGAAGGAGAUGAUGUUCCUGAUGCUGAAGGUGUAGGCAGAGCACGCAAUCCAGUUCGUCGAUCCAACUCUAGCCCUGAAAUGAGUGCCAAUUGGAAAAAUGCUUUCAUGAAUCGCGAAAAGGACAAGGAAGGAAAGCAAGAUAGGGAAAAGGUUGCUGAUCUUGAAAGUAGCUCUGAAACUGAAGGAGACAAAAAGCCUUCAAAACAAACUUUCAAUAAAGAUUCUAGAGUCAGCUGUGAAGCCAUCCCUGAAGAGAUGGGAGGUGUGGGGGCCACCCCUCCUUCCAGUGAGCCUGUGAGUGAGCAUCUGUCGUGCCAUUCGUACCCAGGAUCAACAUCUGGCCAGGGGCAGCCAUCUCCAUCAUCUGCAAGAACCGUUCCAGCAUCUCCAACUUCACUGAGGCUGGGAACAUUAAUCAAACUGAAGGAUGCAGACCCUCAAAAUAUCUUCUUAGGUGGUUUAGAUAGGAAUGGUAAUGAUGGAAAAUUUGCCUACAUUUGGCAGGAUGAUGUAAUGCAGGUUACAUUUCAUGUUGCUACUCUAAUGCCUAAUAAAGAAAAUGACCCACUGUGCAAUGGCAAAAAAUUACACAUUGGCAAUGAUUUUGUCACAAUAGUGUAUAAUGAAAGCGGAGAAGAAUAUAACAUUCAAACAGUCAAGGGUCAGUUCAACUAUGCAUGUGUCGUAGUUCAGCCUUUAGACCACGCCACAAAUAUUGUAACUGUUAAAACAAGAGACGAAUUAUCAGACAUAAUUGGUCAUAGUGAGCCGAAAAUUAUGUCUGAUCAAAAUGUUGCUGUUUUAGCUCGUCAGUUAGCUCUGCAUGCAAAUCUUGCUUCAAUGGUAUCUCGUAGUUUAAAAGCUCAAGGGCAAGGACCAUACGCGUCAAACUGGUUGGAGCGACUGCGCCAAAUUAAAAGGUUACGAAACAAAGUAUUGCAGGAGACAGUAACUUCUUCAAGCGACAGCUCAAGCGGUGGUGACCUUCUACCUUCUCCUCCUCUGUCACGUAGAGUUCACAUGGAUGAUUUCACUGAGUACACAUAAAUAAGAAAAUGUUAAAAUAGAUCUUUUAAAAUAAUGUGCAUUUGUAUAUAAAAUUAUUUUGCAUGAUGUUCUGCUCCACAUCAAAUUUAUUCCUGUUCUUUCUUGAAUGUUUAGCAGAUUUUCUCUUGUGUGUCCUCCUAUGUUGUGCUGUUACCAAUAUAAUUUGUAAUGUGAGAAGUUUAAAUGUGCUUUUUAAGAAAAUAUUGGAAUGUACUAAUAUUUACUGAUCACAUUGUUCUGUACCUAUGAUCCAGCUUUAAGUGUAUUUUUGAGAUUUAUCUAUUUUAUUAUGUACCAGAGUAUUCAAAUUAUUAAUGAAAAUAAUGUAAAGUAAAUAUAAUGCAUUGAUUUUUUAGGUAUAAGUGUGUUGUUACUCUUCUUCCAUCUUCUUCCAUAACCAUUGGGUUGAUUAAAGGUCG